GCUAUUGGACUUGUCCGGCGUCGCUGUCCUUGUAAAGGCCAGCCAGCUGCCAUGGGUAACAUUUUUGGCAACCUCCUAAAGAGUCUCAUAGGGAAAAAAGAGAUGCGGAUUUUGAUGGUCGGCCUGGAUGCAGCUGGAAAAACCACAAUCCUGUACAAACUGAAGCUCGGAGAGAUAGUCACAACGAUUCCCACCAUUGGGUUUAAUGUGGAGACAGUGGAGUACAAGAACAUCAGUUUUACAGUGUGGGACGUCGGUGGUCAGGAUAAAAUCAGGCCUUUGUGGCGACAUUACUUUCAAAACACACAGGGCCUGAUUUUCGUGGUGGACAGCAAUGACCGAGAGAGGGUGAAUGAAGCCAGAGAAGAGCUGAUGCGGAUGCUAGCUGAAGAUGAACUGAGAGAUGCGGUGCUGCUCGUGUUUGCCAACAAGCAGGACCUGCCAAACGCCAUGAAUGCAGCAGAGAUCACCGACAAACUGGGCCUUCACUCACUUCGCCACCGCAACUGGUACAUCCAGGCCACUUGCGCCACCAGCGGUGACGGUCUGUACGAAGGCCUUGACUGGUUGGCCAACCAGCUCAAGAACAAAAAGUAAGGCAUAUCUGUGGACAACUGAGCUGCAGGUCUUCAGGAAGCACCAGUGGGUUUAUUUUAUUGUGUUUACAAUAUGAGGCUGAAGAGAGCAGGCUGGCUCAGUGUCUAGCUGUGUAGCCUGUACUUUUCACACUUUGUAAAAAUGUCACUUUAAACCCCUUACUCCUAUUCUGAUGAUAUAUAAUGAUAGAAAAUUAGUAGCACAUCUCCAUAUCAUGUUUUUCUGUUUUGUUAGUGGAAAGAAAGCUGGUUGAAGGUGUGAAAUCAAGUGAUUCAGUAAUCAAUAAUAAGAGAUGCUGAAUUUUGUUAUUACUGUGGUAUAAAGUCUGAAGUGUUAAAUGCAGGUCAUUUAAACUAUUAUAAUAUGCUGCCCAAAUGACUUAAAGGUCUUAGAUAUAGGAAAUAAAAUGAAGUGAAUAUUCUUUCGGAGACAGAUCCAGGAGUGCUAGACAUCUAUCUAUUUUAUAUGUUUUUGCUAGAGUAAUGCUAUUGAGGUUUUAUAGUAACAUUCUGUGUUUCAUUAGCAUUUAGAUCUGUGAGGAAACCGCUAUUACAUUUUGACUGCUUGCGUAUAUCGCCCUGUUUUGUGUGGGCCUCUGCGAGUUUGUACACAGAUAGAAGACAUUAUCACUAUUCAUGUUUUCUUUUGUUUUGUUGUUUGAUUUUUGCAUGCAGACAUUGACUUGACAGAAUUAUACGGUGGCUGCACAUUUCUUGGCUUAUCAGUUAUAUCUCUUCUCUAGCAUGGAAGUGUGUGGUCUGCUUUUUUUAUUAUAUCUGUUGCAUGUGUUUAUUAGAUGCUGUGCAUUAGACAAGAGUAGCUCUCUGUAGCUCCAUCAGUGGUCUAGCUGAUAUUUGUUUGUUAGAGCGAUUAGAAGCCACUGUAUAUUUAUUUCUCAUCAUAUAUUGGUGAAUGAGAACAAGGAGUUGUAAAAUUUGAAAAGAUAUUUAUUGUGUGCUUCUGAUCAAAUCAUGUUUUUUUAAUGCAUUGUCCAUAAUUUCUGUAGCGAUGCUGAGAUUUCAACGGUUCAAUCAAACGUUUCACUGAAAAAAGCAGCGUUAUAAAACAGCAUCCCACAAUACCUCAACUUGUCUCUCUGCUCGACUGUUCAUUUCACUUACUGUUACGUACUUCUGCCCUACAAACUUUACACAACAUCUUUCCACUUACACAUUCUCAGCCAUUCUACUCGACACCACAAAAAGGUUUUUUUUUCUUUGUUUAUUUAUUAGUGACUUUUUUAAAAAAAAAAAAUACAUAGUGAGCAGCUGAAACACUAUUUAUUUGUACCAAUUGUGCAAAUCAGGUUAGAACUGCUUAGUAAUUAAUAUGUUGCAAAGAUGAUUAACUGGCAUUAAUACGAUGUAUCUACCUGUGUAAAUAUGCCCAAUAUAUUAUCGA